AUGACUGUAGCCAUUGAGGAAAAUACUCUACAAAAUUUAAUUCCUACUCCAUUAACCUUUGAUUGCUUCGAAGAAACACUGAGCCACCUAAUUGAUUCUCCCAAAACUCUCUACUCAUGUAUAUUGGUCAAUCGUCUAUGGUGUCGGACUGCUAUUCCUCUUUUAUGGAGUCAUCCUUUUGAAGUGCAUGGCUUUGGAGAAAGAUCUUCUGACAUAAUUCAAACUUACAUCUCAUGCUUACCUGAAGACGAACGUCAACUUCUAAUUGAUGAAGGUCUUGAUCUCCCUCCGUCAACACCUCUUCUUUUUGAUUACUCCAAAUAUUUACAAAGCUUUGAUUCUGCUUUUUUUACUGGUGCUAUAAUGUCUUGGCUUACAACUCGUGCAAAUUAUCGCCUCGAAUCUGAUAAGGAUGAAGAAGAUCCUGAUUUAUAUACUUAUACAUAUCUUGUACAAUUAAUAGGAAAUUUAUUAUUUAGUCAUAGUAAAGGUUUAAGAGAUUUAGAUUUGGUUCAUUUCGGUGAUGAUGAUGAUUCAUUAAUAACUGACAUUGCAACUUUCGAUGAUGCGAGUAAAGCUUUAUCAAGAUUAGAAAAAUUUCAAUUUGAUUAUUCAGCUCAAAAAGGUGUUAGAGAAUUGGUUAUUGUAGAAUUUUGGAGUCCAUAUGUUGCUGAAAUUCUAUUUAAUUCUUUAAUAUGUCAAUGGAAAUCUUUAACUUAUUUAAGGUUUCAUCAAUUAGAUAAAGAUCAAUUUCGUCUUUUAUUACCUAUUUUACCUACAUUAAUUAAUUUAGAGACAUUACAAUUUCUUGGAUUUAAUUCUGAAAAUGAAAAUGAUGAUAUGAUAAAAUCUUUAUUAGAUAUUUCAAAUGAACCGAUUAAUAUCAAACAUUUAUAUUAUCAUUUUAUAGAUGAAAGAUUACAUCUCGAUGCUCAAAAUUUUAUCAUUCCUAUAUUACAAAUGUCUAAUAAUAAUUUGAGAACUUUAUAUUUGGAUGAUGUUACUCCUUUUCUUAUUCAACAAAUUGGAAUUAAUUGUAGAUAUUUAACACAUUUAUCAUUAACCGUUACUCCUGAAAUUCCUGAUUUAUUAUUUUCUUUACUUAUAUCUUUACAAAAUUUGGUACAUUUUUCUUUAUAUAGUAAUUCAACGGAAUGUACCUUUUCUUCAACAGAUAGUUUAAUACAAUUUUCAGAAGCGAUACCAGAAUGUUUAAAAUAUUUUGGAUUUAAAUUGGAUUUUGAAUCUUUAAUAUUAGGAUUCUUUUUAAAACAAUGUAAAGCAAAAUUACAAGUAUUAGCGAUAUAUCGAUCGGAAUUUGUUGAUGCAGCGUUUCUGGAUGAAUUGAUUAAAUAUGCAAAAGAAGUGGGAUCCUUAAAGAAAAUUAUGAUUAAUUGGGAUGGUGUAAUUGGUGGUAAAACGGAUGAUGAUACAAGUGAUGAUUUGUAUUAUGGAGAUGAUGAAUUUGAAAAUGGCGAGGAUGGUGUGAGAGAAAGAAUUGAGAUAUUAAAAACGAUGGUAAAUGUUGUUUACAAUAUCGUUGAUCCUUCGCAUCCGUUUUCUGGUCCGAGUAUGGAAUAUAUAGAUCCUUGGAAUCAGGACAUUACUUUAUCCUAA